AUGGAGGCAGAAAUUAGACUUCGGAAAUCAGCGAAAAAUGCUAAUCAAGAAGAAAUCCGUGACGCCAAGAAGAAGAAGAAGGAAGGUUCCAGCAUUGAAAACUUUCUUUUCCGCUCACUUUUCUCUCGAAUCGCUCUAAUAUUAUUCUAUUCCUUCUGGUUUUUGUUUGGUGUUUUGGUUUUGCGAAAAACUCAGAACGCAAUAGCCGCUGUCAGAUAUGUGAAAUCGAAUUCCGAAUCAGUUUCUUUGCGACUCAUCGAAGAAUCUCGCGAAUUCGCGGAUCUCAUUAGAAUUCUCGACAAAAAGUUUCCACGUCCUCCAGCACUAUUUUUGCUCAAUCAACACGCAUUGAAUAUGACUGACAAUUUCCUGUGUAACACCGCAACUUUUCCCGGGGCACACGAUCGCUUCAUUUUCGUCACCCUGGAUACUGUGGCUCGUGAUACAAUCAAGAAAAGAUGGCCGAAUAUUCAACAAUUCCAUUGGCCAACUCCUUCACUUUACGUAAGUCUUGUCUCCAAUUUCAUUUCAUUUAUAAUAGUCAUGUUUUCGUCAACCACGAAAUAAAAAGAACCUGUUUCUUGUUUUUUUUUGUGGUUGAAAAAAGUGGUUAAUUAACUAGAGUACUGUAGCUGUUUUCUAAUUAACUUUUUUUCAGAAACCAUUUUCAUUUGCUGAAGGAGCUUAUCAAACAAUUUAUCUACUUCGAUCGAAUAUUGCAUUAGCUCUAAUUAAAAAGUGAGUUACUUUAAAUUGUUAGUUGAGAAUAAUUUCAUUUUUUUCAGAGGAAAAUCAUUUUGGAUGAUGCAACAAGAUACAUUUUGGCGUAAAAGUAUUUUCGAUUUAAAUUUCGAAGAUGAUAUGAGUUACGACGCUAUUUUCGAUCAAUUAGGAGAAGAAGAUUCAUUGAGAACUGAAUGGGUUAAUGGUGCUAACUUCUUUAUUCGUGCCAAUAAUGAUACUCAAUUAUUUUUCGAAAGAUUGUCUGAUAAAUUGGCACAUUGGUAUACUCCAGAUAUGGGAGUAAUGAUUCAUCAAUGUCAUACGUGGAAAAAACCAACUUGUGCCUAUGUUCCACAUAAGUGAGUUGAAAUGAGACCUAGAUAAAAACACAACGAAAGAAUAUUUCAGAUUCAUUUACUCUUGGGAAUGGAUGUACACCGGUCAGAAGAAUCCACCAUACUUAAUGCAACUCGAUUGUGAAACCGAUGGUGGAUCAAAAUUGAUGCAAUUGGGAAGAUACGGUUUUCAUUUUGUGAAUCAAGAUGGAACUUGUAAUAAUGAGAAAAUUGAAUUGGCGAAACAAAGAAUGGAAAAUGGAACUGUUGAAGUGAAAAUGUCACAAAACCUUCCAUCCUGGGGUCGACUUCAAUUCAAGGCUUAUUGGUGGAUUGUUGAAUACAUGUUAUCGACUCCUAUUAUUGGCCAUUAUCUAAAACCAUAUUUAGCUAUGGUUGGAUUCAUUUUAAUGAUCACAAUUUGAGAUUUUUCUCGACUGGAAAAUAAUUGAUUGAAUACGGGUUUUAGUUCAUUCGAAUAAAUAAUUUUUAUAUUGUUUGUCAAACAAGAAAUAACCGAUUUUCGAUUCAAGAAACUUAUAGACGUGAGCUAUGGCGUUGCAGUUUGAAUAUACCGCCUACAGUAACCUCUCAAAAAUUUUGAAAUUAUAUCAAAAUUUUAUUCAGAUCUUCAGAUGGUUUUUCUCGUCAGUAUACUCCGACUGCAGUUGGCCCAAAUUGGUUUGAAGUUCCAAUUAAGGUUCAAAGUUUCUCACUUUUUCUCCAGCAAAAACAAAUUUUUCAGAUUUAUCCAAUGGGAAGGUUCACCUCAAAACUAGACGGAAUAAAAUCUCUCGAAUUCCGAGGACCCUAUGGAAUAUCAGAAGCCGCGAGAAUUCGCAAAGUUCGAAGGCCAAUGUUCAUCGCAGCUGGAACUGGAAUUGCACCGUUUAUCAGGAUUAUUGAAUAUUUAUUAGAGAAAGAUGAUGAUGAUUUGAUGAUUUUGUUAGUUUAUACAGUUCGAUCAUUUUCAGAUGUAUUGUUUUUGGAAAAUCUCAAGAAUUUCGGAAAGUUUUGGAAUUUUCAAAUCCGAAUUUUGCUAACAAAAGAAGAGGAGAAAAACAAUUCACACCCAUUGAUGAAAAUUGAAAAUGGAAGACUGGGAAUCGAGAAUUUCAACAAAAUAUUUGACGAGUUCAAUGCUUUAGAAGUUGUUGUUUGUGGUCCAACAGCAUUUGAAAAAGAUAUUUGUAAUUUUUGCUCAGCUUUUGAUGUUGAAUUUAUACGUUUUCCACCAUAA